AUGCAGCCGUUACGGCGGGCCUGGAUUAGAGAAAUCCACCUACUCAAUGGCAAGGCUAUCGCCCAGCAGGUGCGCGAGGAUGCCAAAAACAAGAUCGUGAAUAUUCGCUCAACGCUUUUCCCCGAUUUCAGACCCAGUUUGACUAUUGUUCAGGUCGGCGAGCGCCCGGACUCGACCACCUACGUUAAUGCAAAGCUCAAGGCUGCUCGGGACUCGGGCAUUGAUUGCAAAGUGAUCAAGCUUCCUGAGGACACCAAGGAGCGUCAGCUGGUUGCUGAGAUCGAGCGUCUCAACGACGACAUCAAGGUGCACGGUGUGCUGGUGCAAAUGCCUCUGCCAAAGCACAUCAACGAAGAGCGGAUCACCAAUCUGGUGGCUGCGUCCAAGGACGUCGAUGGGUUCUCUGCCGUCAACAUGGGCGAGCUGGCAAAACGCUCGGGCUCUCCUCGUUUUGUUCCCUGCACUCCUGCUGGUGUCAUGAAGCUCUUGAAAGAAACCAAGAUGGACCUCCGCGGAAAGAAGGCUGUCGUCGUUGGCCGCUCAGACAUCGUGGGUACCCCUGUGUCGUCUCUUCUCCGACACGCCGAUGCCACGGUCACAGUGUGCCAUCGUCACACCCUUGGUCUCGCAGAUUACAUCCGUGAGGCCGACAUCGUUGUAGCAGCACUGGGCCGUGCAAACUACAUCAAGGGCGACUGGAUCAAGCCUGGUGCUGUUGUCAUUGACGUUGGCAUCAACGUGAUUCCCGACGAGAGCAAGAAGAGCGGUCACCGUCUUGUUGGCGAUGUCGAUCCGUCAGCUGCUGAAAAGGCCUCGUAUCUGACCCCAGUGCCGGGUGGUGUAGGUCCUAUGACUGUGGCCAUGCUAAUGGAAAACGUCGUGAAGGCUGCAAAAUAUUAUUAUGAGAACCGCUCAAAGACCGAAGUCAAUCUCAUCACAAUCAAGCCCCAGACCCCGGUUCCUAGCGAUAUCGAAAUUUCUCGCUCCGUCGAGCCCAAGCUGAUCACAGAGAUCGCUAGCGAUCUUGAUCUGAGCCAGAGUGACUUUGAGCCCUAUGGCCGCUAUAAAGGCAAGAUCGACCUCUCCGUUCUGGACAGACUGAAAGAUCGCAAGAACGGUCGAUACAUUUUGGUUGCCGGAAUUACCCCUACGCCAUUGGGUGAAGGCAAGUCUACAACAACCAUGGGUUUGACCCAAGCUCUAGGUAACCUUGGCAAGCUGUCAAUUGCCAAUCUUCGGCAGCCUUCUAUGGGUCCUACUUUUGGUAUUAAAGGUGGUGCCGCCGGUGGUGGUUACGCUCAAGUUAUCCCCAUGGACGAGUUCAACCUUCACAUCACCGGUGACAUUCAUGCAGUUACUGCAGCCAAUAACUUGCUUGCUGCGGCUAUUGACACGCGUAUUUUCCACGAACAGACCCAGACCGAUAAGGGUUUACUCAGGCGUCUGAUCCCUGGCGGAAAACUGAACAGUGUUAUGCAACACCGCUGGAAAAAGCUUGGUCUACCGGAUUGUGCACCCGAGGAAUUGAUUCCUGAACAGGUUAGAAAACUGGUCAGGUUGGACUUUGACCAUGAUACCAUCACCUGGAAGCGUGUGGUAGACUGCAAUGACCGUCACCUUCGUGGUAUUACCAUUGGUGAGGCCCCCACUGAGAAGGGUCUGACCCGGGAAACAGGAUUCGACAUUUCUGUCGCUUCAGAGUGUAUGGCUAUUUUGGCACUCAGCGACUCUCUUGAGGACAUGCGUGAGCGUCUUGGCCGUAUAACUGUGGGCUCAUCGAAGGAUGGAGAACCCAUCACUGCUGAGGAUAUCGGCGCUGCCGGUGCCAUGUGUGCUCUCAUGAAGGAUGCGAUUAAACCCAAUCUUAUGCAGAGUCUCGAGGGUACGCCGGUUUUGGUGCACGCUGGUCCAUUUGCCAAUAUUUCUAUUGGUGCCAGUAGUGUACUGGCAGAUAAGGUUGCCCUGAAACUUGCUGGCACUGAUGCUUUGCGUCCAGAGCCGGGCUAUGUUAUCACUGAGGCUGGUUUUGAUUUCACAAUGGGUGGUGAACGCUUUUUCGACAUCAAGUGCCGAUCCUCUGGUUUGGUGCCUGACUGCGUUGUCAUUGUUGCUACCGUUCGUGCCCUGAAGUUGCACGGUGGUGGUCCUGAGGUCAAGCCUGGUGCUCCUCUUCCCAAGGCCUACACAGAGGAGGAUACUGAGCUUGUUGCCAAGGGAUGUGCUAACCUCGCAAAGCAAAUUGCCAACGCUUCGUCGUUUGGCCGUCCUGUUGUCGUUGCCAUUAACCACUUCAUCCACGAUACUGACGCCGAACACCAAGUUAUCCGCAAGGCUGCUAUUGCCGCAGGUGCCGCUGACGCUGUGGUGUCUAAACACUGGGAGAAGGGCGGUGCUGGAGCAAUCGAUCUCGCUAAAGCAGUGAUGCAUGUCACAUCUACUAUUCACGACGAGGUCAAGUUUGUGUACAAUCUGAACACGACUGCUGAAGAGAAGCUGAACGCAAUUGCCCGCAAGAUGUACGGCGCCAAGGGUGUUGAGCUCAGUGAUCUGGCCAAGAAAAAGCUCGCCGAGUACGAGGCCCAGGGCUUUGGCAAUCUUCCUGUGUGCAUUGCUAAGACCCAGUACUCUUUGUCUCAUGACCCCAAACUCCGUGGUGUGCCCACCGAUUUUGUUGUUCCUAUUCGUGAUAUCAAGGUGUCUUCGGGUGCCGGCUAUCUCUAUGCUUUGGCAGCCGAAAUCAUGACUAUUCCUGGUCUCCCUACGUUGCCUGGCUACAUGAACAUUGAGGUAUCCCCCGACGGCCAAAUUGAUGGCAUGUUCUAA